AUGUCAACUAAAAGGCCUGGUUUUUCACGAGAAGAAACUAAUCGAGCCUUAACACUAAUUAAGUUCCUCGAAGAGCAGCCAGAAAGUUUCGAUUUUCAUCAUCCAGUCGAUUUCAAAGGACUUGGCUUAGACGACUACCCUCUAAUUAUCAAGAAGCCUAUGGACCUCUCAACAAUUAAGAAAAACCUUAAAAAUUCUCGAUACAACAGCUUUGAAGAAUUUUUACAAGAUGUAAUGCUGAUAUGGGACAAUUGCAGAACAUAUAAUAUGAGUGACUCCCCAAUUUACCAUCAAGCCGAUAUCAUGGAAAGGCAUAUGCAAAGAUAUUGCAGCCAGCAUGGCAUUCCUCUUGAUCUCCCAGUCAAGAGACCCAAAACUGAGCCAGAUUCACAAACAAUUGAAUUACAAGAAAAAAUUGAUCUAACUCCCCCCCCCCCCCCUCCGUGAGCGAACAAAAAAAAUUUUGUUCGCUCACGGAGGGGGGUUAAUUUUUUUUUUUAAAAAAAAUUUAUAUAUAAAAAUUUAUAAAAAAAUAUUUUUUUUUCGAAAUUUAAAAAAAUCCUAAUUUGCAAAAAUUGGGAAGCAAAUAUUAAUUUAAUUUGCAAAAUUUAUGUUUUUAAAACGCAAUUUGUUUAAAAUUAAACAGAAUUAGCUCUAGAUUUCAUUAUACUAAUUAUCACUUAUAUAUCAAAAUUUUUUUUCCAUUAAAAUUUUUUCUAUUAAAAAAAUUUUUGUUCACUCACGGAGGGUGGGUUUUUUGGUCAAAAAAUGGCGAUUUUUCUAAUGGUUUUGUUCGCUCACGGAGGGGGGGGGGGGAGUAAGCGAAAGCUUAAAGAAAAUCAGCCACCCAGCUUUAGGAAAAGUGGUGGAAAUGAUAGAAAAAGACUGCCCAAGUGCGUUGCAUCAUUUACCAGAAGAAAAGUUACAGCUGAGAAUUGAUGCAUUGGAUGAGGCCACAUUUAAAAAAAUAGCGAAAUUCACGCUUCAAGAGCUGAAUGAAGAUGAGAGAUCAGAGCCGACAAAGAAAGUGAAAUUUAGUUAA